CAUAUAUUCUCCUAUGGGUCCAAGAUGGCAGACCCGGGGACCGGUGGAUCUAGUACCUUCAGCACGCGUUCAGGUAGUAAACAUUCUACAACCCCGGCAGAUAAUUACUAUCUGGCUCGAAGAAGGACUCUCCAGGUAGUGGUCAGUUCAUUGUUGACGGAGGCUGGAUUUGAGAGUGCAGAGAAAGCUGCUGUGGAAACCAUGACAGAGAUGCUUCAGAGCUAUAUUUCUGAAAUUGGGAGGAGUGCCAAGUCUUUUUGUGAACAUACUGCAAGGACUCAGCCAACCCUUUCAGAUAUUGUUGUCACCUUAGUUGAAAUGGGCUUUAACGUGGAAAUGCUCCCUGCGUAUGCUAAACGUUCCCAGCGGAUGGUGAUCACUGCACCGCCUGUAACGAAUCAGCCUGUGACCCCAAAAGCCCUGACAGCUGGACAGAACAAACCUCAUCCUUCUCACAUCCCGGGCCAUUUCCCAGAGUUUCCAGACCCUCAUACUUAUAUCAAAACACCAACCUAUCGGGAACCUGUAUUGGAUUAUCAGAUUUUACGAGAAAAAGCUGCUUCGCAGAGACGAGAUGUUGAAAGAGCUUUGACCCGCUUCAUGGCAAAAACUGGAGAGACGCAGAGUCUUUUCAAAGAUGAUGUCAGCACUUUUCCUUUGAUAGCUGCCAGACCUUUUGCAAUACCCUACCUGACAGCUCUGCUUCCUUCUGAGUUGGAGAUGCAACAGAUGGAAGAGACUGAUUCAUCUGAACAAGAUGAUCAGACAGACACAGAGAACCUCACUCUACACGUGAGCAUGGAUGAUUCAGGAGCUGAGAAGGAGAAUGCAUCAGUACUUCAGCACAAUACCUCCCUUUCUGGCAGUCGAAAUGGAGAGGAGAACUUGAUAGACAAUCCAUACCUCCGCCCAGUGAAGAAGCCCAAGAUUCGUAGGAAGAAGUGAAGUGAAACAAAUUGAUGGAGUGGAGUAAGAAGAAACAGUUUCUCGUGGUCCUUGUGCAGUUAAGAUUAGGCACUGGAAAGGCAGAACAGCACUGCUGGUUAAGAGCCAAGUGGAAAUAUUGGACUCCCCAGUUGCUGUUUUCUUCAUCUCCAGCAAUUUGUGAUAACGUAAGGUGAAAUCUGAGUGUCUUAGAAGCACUGAUGUCCACAUGGUCUGAAAUUUGUCCCUGCACAAGAAUAGUAUGCUGCUAACUUCCAGUAUCUGCAACAGCUCUUCAUCCUCAGGAGAAUCUUCUUUCCAAACAUUGCAAAUGGAUCAGAAGGCACUGCAGAAGUUUUUCCUCUCAUUUUGCCAAGUGUAGAACCAAGUAUAGAACUUAAGAACUGGAAUCCCUUCUUGUUUUCCAGCUGUUUGGAUUCAGGCCAUCCCUCAUUGUUGAAUAUAAUUUACUAGGAUGAGAGGUAGCCACUGGUGCCAAUUGGAUAUCCACUGUUGUGCCUUUACAAAACUGAGGCUGUUCAGAACUACUCAGAUGACUAUUUUCCAAGAUCUGUGUAUACCUGAAACUGAAGGUUUUGGCUGAUCCUUUAUCUAGCAUGAGCUAUUGGGAAUGGAAAGAAGGGCAAGUCCUGUCCAAGUGUAAACUCAAAGUUGCUUGCACAUUUACCAGCGGCAGGGUUUAAGAAUAAUUUCUGCAAGUGUGUUUAUACUUCAGCACAUUGACUGUGACUCUUCUGUCUGGCUUCAUCUUUUUUUGUUUUAUAUUUUGUUUUGAUUCUGCAUUUUUGUAGCUUACAGUCUUCAGUUUGUAUUUUCUAUAAUUUGUCAGUAGAAGUAUUUUAUAUCCAUCUCUUAUUUCCAAUGUUUCUCUAUAAAGCAAGGUACACAUGCAACAAUGAAGUUUCAGGAAUCCCAUUUGCUAUCUUACUAUCUUUUUAAAAUGUCUUUCAGAAAAUGCAAAUACUUUUCUGGUAGGAAGCAAAAGAACAAGAAAUACAGAGGAUACCUUUUCCCUUCAUUCUGAAAUGGCAGCAGCUGCAAUUUUGUUGAAAAGCUUUAAGUGUUGAUCUUUCAGCAACUGGUGCUUGAAGUCCCUGAGAUCUGUGGUUUCAGCUUGAGUCUUCACGUUUAAAAAAGUAUAUGGAAACAGCUCUGUUAACUGGCUUUCACUGGCUGAUAAGCCUUGUGGCCCAAGAGGAUUUUCUGCUGUUUCGCUGAUUGAAAUGUAGGAUGUGUACUUAAUUAGGGUAAAUACCACGACUUCUGUCAUUACAUUGCAGUGUUCUUCAAAGCAUGUUUUGCCUCUGAAAUGAAGGGACCAUUCCUUAUUCAGUUUUCUCUCAGUGCUAUGAUUUUUCAGCAUUGUGGAUGGUGGCCGUGGGGGGGGGGGUGGACUGAUUAAAAUCUCAGUAAAGAAACCUAGAUUUUACUGACCACAUGUGUCUUUGUAUCUGCUUUCAAAAGUAAAGUAAUCUUACACAUUUAAACUAUUAAGAAUCUCUCUGAAAGAUUUUCACAGGAAAAACCAAAUGCUGGAGAAAAAGUUGUCAUUCUGAGCCAACAGAGGCUGCUACCCUCAGUUCACUCCUUUUUAUUUGCUUAGAGAAGGUGGUUGUUAAGACACAAUGUACAUACUACAUGCUUAUAAUUUAUAAAUUAUAUGCAUAUUAAGUUCUUGACUGAGUAGGAAAAAAAUAAAACUAUCUUGCUUUUGUUUUUUUUUCUAGUUUCUGACUGAAUAUGAGAAUAAAAACUAAAACUUCAGAUCAGUUGGAUCUGAAAGGGAAAUAGGAAUAACAAAAUCACCUAAAAUAACCCGACUCUGCUCAUGCCUUUAUCGUCCAGACUAUUCCACCCCCAUCCUCAUCCCCAAAUAUGGCAAAUUGUGAGCAAGAAUAUUCAGAUCAUGAAUACAAUUGAUUUGCACUAUCCACUGUUUGGAAGACUAUCCUUGCUGGUUUGUUCUACUCUGUAGUGAUUAUUGGCCCUUCUUUGUUUGGAUGGUCUUCUGUUCUAACUGUGAAAACUCAGGUUAAUACUAAUUUUCUUUAACUAUAGCUGGUAGGAAAGACGUGUUAAUUUCCAGGUAUAAUGCUGAAUUGCAGAUUUUCCAGUGUAAGACAAAUUGCAGUGAAUCAUUUGGAAGGUAUUCUGAACCAGAUUCAUGAUUAUGACACUUUGUCUGCAGUAUAUUCCUAUACUGCAAGUGUGAAUUUUAACAGUCAUUGUCUCUAAAUCUCUGGGUAACAGUAAAGCAUUUUUAGCCCCCAGUUCAUGAUUUUCUCUUAGUCAAAACAAAACAAAAAUUGUUUAUUUUGAUCAUUUUCCUCAUUUUCUUCUGUGUUCCCAAAGUCUAAAUUACAUUCAGAGAUUCUGGCUAAUCCAUCAUUCUGCGUCUGAUGCUUGCAGUCAUUAGUAAAUCAGCUGGAGCUCCAAUGUUUUGCGUUGCCAUUAAAAGGAACCCUUUGCAGAUAGAAACCUUCCAUAGAGGAAGACCUUGGGAAAAUAAGUCAUAAUCAUUUUCUUUGGCCCAAAGAUAUUAAACAUUCCAUGGUUAAUAAUGCAGUUAUAAUUGUAUAGCCAUAUGUAAAUAUAGGUAACUGUAUAUUUAUGCAUUUACAUAUUUUUGGUCUUGGGUUAAGCAUUUUUGUGAUUUUAAAAAACUUGACAAAUGCAAAAAAAUAAUAGCAAAAACAGUUUUUUUCCCUCCGGUUCAUAAUAAAAUAGUACUUGAACAAGCCA